AAGGAUGACUGACGCUGGUUUCUGUGAUGCCACUUGGAGCCUCUGUCACUGUGAAUUGAUAAGUAACCUGCAGGUUUAGCAGUACAGCAAGGGGAAAGCAUCAGGAGUACCACUUCGCUUCAGCUCCUUAACUGGACAAAAAAGUACAGUGUCACCUAUCUGCAAAGGAAGAUUCCUCAACUGAUUUUUGCAGCUAAUAAUAAAGACAACAUAGCAUCAUCCACCUUCCUGAUUUACAGUGCGUCACCUUCCAAGACAGAUGGUCUGUCAAAAGCUGUAGGAAGCCUGCAGAGCACACAAUAAUGAAGUAGUGAAUUGAUACUGCUGCUGCUGCCUAAUUGUCAGGAUCACAGCCGAUAGAGCCGCACUGCCCUUUUUCUGCUCCCUUAAUCGGGCCAGGAACAGCAGGGUGGACAUGGCUGGCCUCGUUAACAACCUGCUAAUACUGUUCCUUGUUUUUCAAAACAGCUGUUUGGGUUACAGAAGCCCACUUUCUGUCUUUAAGAGGUAUAAAGAUACCACCAGGUCUCUUUCUAAUGAAUGCCUUGGAAACAACAGGCCAGUGAUUCCUCUUGGUCUGACAGAUUUUGCAUUGGACAUUCGCAUGCCUGGGGUGACUCCAAAGCAGUCUGAUACCUACCUCUGCAUGUCAUUACGUCUGCCAGUGGAUGAGGAAGCCUAUGUAGUUGACUUUAAACCUCAUGCCAGCAUGGACACUGUCCAUCACAUGUUACUCUUUGGAUGUAACAUGCCUUCUUCCACUGAAAAUUACUGGGACUGCGAUGAAGGAACCUGCACAGAUAAAUCUAACAUCCUGUAUGCCUGGGCAAGAAAUGCUCCACCCACCAAACUUCCCAGUGGUGUUGGAUUCAAAGUUGGAGGAAAAACAGGUAGCAAAUAUUUCGUGCUCCAAGUACAUUAUGGAGAUAUCAGUGCAUUCAGAGAUAACCACAAGGAUUGUUCUGGCGUAACUUUACAUCUGACACAUCAGAAGCAGCCUUUGAUUGCUGGCAUGUAUCUUAUGAUGUCUGUGAAUACUGUUAUACCACCAGGAGAAAAAGUGGUUGAUGCUGAUAUUGCCUGCCAUUAUAAAAGGUAUCCAAUGCACCUGUUUGCCUACAGAGUCCACACACACCGAUUAGGUAAGGUAGUAAGUGGGUACAGAGUGAGAGAUGGUCAGUGGACAUUGAUUGGCAGGCAGAGUCCUCAGCUACCACAGGCUUUCUACCCUGUAGAGCAACCUGUCGAUGUUAGUUUUGGUGAUAUAUUAGCCGCUAGGUGUGUUUUCAGUGGUGAAGGUAGAAUGACAGACACACACAUAGGGGGCACAGCCAGUGAUGAAAUGUGCAACUUCUAUAUUAUGUAUUACAUGGAAGCCAAACAUGCUGUUUCAUACAUGACCUGUACACAGAAUGUAAACCCAGAGAUGUUCAGAAACAUACCACAGGAAGCAAACAUUCCUAUUUCAGUCAAGCCUGAUAUGAUCAUGAUGACACAUGGACAUCAUGAAGAAAACAAGAAUGCAGCUAAAAGUUCUUUACUGCAGCAGCCAAAAAGAGAAGAGGAGGAGGUUUUGGAUCAGGGUGAUUUCUAUUCACUCAUUUCCAAGCUGCUAGGAGAAAGGGAAGAUGUUGUUCAUGUCCAUAAGUAUAACCCUACAGAAAAGGCAGAAUCAGAUCUUGUAGCUGAGAUUGCUAAUGUAGUCCAAAAGAAGGAUCUUGGCUGGUCUGAUGCAAGAGAGGUUACAAAUCGUGAUGAGAGGGACAAUACUAUUCUUGUCAGAGACAGAAUUCACAAAUUUCACAGACUAGAAUCUACCUUGAGGCCACCAGAGAACAGACCUUUCUCUUUACAGCAACCUAAACAUGAUGAGGGAAGCUGGGAAAAAGAACAUACAGGAGAUUUCCACAUAGAAGAGGCAGUAGACUGGCCUGGAAUAAACAUUAAACUAGGCCAGGUUUCUGGGUUGGCCCUGGACCCUGAAUACAACCUAGUUAUCUUCCAUAGGGGUGAUCAUGUAUGGGAUGAAAACUCUUUUGACAGUAGAUUUGUUUAUCAACAAAGAGGACUUGGACCAAUUGAACAGAACACAAUUCUUGUAACAGACCCAAGUAAUGCGGCAGUACUUCAUUCUACAGGGAAAAAUUUAUUUUAUUUACCACAUGGCUUGAGUAUAGACAAAGAUGGUUACUACUGGGUCACAGAUGUGGCUCUCCAUCAGGUUUUCAAGUUGGGAGCACAUGAUAAGGCUCCCUUGUUGACUCUAGGAAUGGCUUUGCAACCAGGCAAUGACAAAAAUCACUUCUGUCAACCCACUGAUGUGGCUGUGGAUCCAAUCACUGGCACCAUUUAUGUUUCUGAUGGCUACUGCAACAGUCGGAUCGUUCAGUUCUCUCCAAACGGACUGUUCAUCAUGCAGUGGGGAGAAGAGACUUCUUCAGGUACACCCAAAUCUGGCCAGUUCCUUAUCCCUCAUAGCUUAGCACUGAUACCAGACUUCGCUCAGCUGUGUGUAGCAGACAGGGAAAAUGGAAGAAUUCAGUGUUUUAGGUUAGAAACUGGAGAAUUCACAAAAGAAAUCAAGCACAAAUCAUUUGGAAGAGAAUUAUUUGCAGUUUCAUAUGUUCCAGGUGGUCUGCUAUUUGCAGUUAAUGGAAAGUCAUACCCUGGAGACCUAGAACCUGUGCAAGGGUUUGUGAUGAACUUUUCCACUGGAGAAAUUAUUGACACUUUUGUUCCAGUCAGAAAGAACUUUGAGAUGCCACAUGAUAUUGUUGCUUCAGAAGAUAAAACAGUAUAUGUUGGAGAUGCUCAUGCCAGAACAGUAUGGAAGUUCGUAUCUUCAGAAAAAAUGGAACAUCGAUCAGUUAAAAAGGCUGGUAUCAAGGUUCAGGAAAUAAAAGAAGCAGAGACAAUUGUAGAAGCCAGAUUGAAAAACAACAACCCCGUAUCAUCGGAUGCUCUGAAGAAGCAGGAAAAACAACAUUUGGUCCAACAGGCUAACACUGGAGUUUCUUUUGUUCUUAUUACAACACUUCUAAUUAUUCCUAUUGUUGUUUUGUUGGCAAUAGCGGUAUUUAUUCGGUGGAGGAAGACAAUGGUGUAUGGAGCUGAUGCUGAUCAUAAAGUUGACUCAGGUUCAGGCAGAAUCUUGGGCAGAUUUCGAGGAAAAGGUACAGGGGGCCUUAAUCUUGGGAACUUCUUUGCAAGUCGCAAAGGCUACAGUCGAAAAGGGUUUGACCGACUUAGCACCGAAGGAAGUGAUCAAGAAAAAGAUGAAGAUGAUGGUACUGACUCAGAAGAAGAGUAUUCAGCACCCCCACCCCCGCCCCCACCAGUGACUUCAUCAUCCUGAAACCAGCCUUUGAUUUCUACAUUAAACAAUUCUACCAAGAAUGCCAGAUUCCUUUCCCUUUAGCACGUUUAAGAUUUUGUGUAUUUAAUUGUAAACUGUACUAGUCUACGUGGGGCUGUACACUGGGAUGUUUUUGGUUUUAGUUCAGUUUUAGUUUUGUUCUUUUAAGUGGAGGAGUGUCUGGAAGUUUCAUAUCAGUGCCGUUGUCUUUACGUGAACAUCUUAAUAAAGAAACCAAUCCUCUUUUUAUUGCAGUACUGAUUUAAAGUAGUAGUAUUUUUUCAUUUCAGUUUUGGGACCUUUUCUGUACUUGUAAAUAAGUCCCAUUUAUUUACUUUGACAAUAUUUUUCCCAUAACACUUCAGUUGCCAAUUUCUUUCUUUUGUGCCUUUCCUCUUCAAUGUCCUUAACCUAUUGCAGUACAGAGAAAAUACAGUGCCACAAGAAAACAAAGCUGCUAAAUCUUCUUCUAUUUUUUUAAAAUCACUAACAUUAAUAUUGCAUUGAAGGAAAGAAAAAAGUCUAUUUAAUUUUUUUUCCUUCCUCCUGAUUUGAUGUGUUUUUGGGAUGUCUUAUUUUUAGAUGGUAUCACUGUUAGAACACUAUUUUCAGAAGCUGAAUGUAAUUUGUGUAAUAAAGUGUUCGCAGAGCAUUAGCUGUCAGAGUGUACUUUGGAAUUUUUGCAUUGAACGUUUUUGUAUACAACUUUUGUAACAGUUACACAGACCACUUGACAGUUAAAAAUUUUAUCAAUGUCUUCUACCAGCAGAGAAAAAAGUACUAUUUUGUAUGGAAGUUGGAAGAUAUUUUCUUAUGUAGCAGGUUUAAAAAAACAAAACUAAGAAUUAUCGUACGUGUAUAAAGUUCAAGCUUAAACCUUUUUAAAAAGGAAUUUUGCCUGUAUAUCAAACCUGCAGGGUAUUUACUUUAAUAAAACAUGAUCAGAGCUAAGAG